CAACCCACGCCGCCAGGGCCGGGGGCGUGGCCUGCGCUCCCCUCCCCGCCGGCCCGGGGCUCGCGGUCUGCCGGGGGAGCGGGCGGCAAGGCUCGUCAGGCUGCAGCUGGUGUCGGGGCCGGCGGGUCCUCCCCGAAGUGGCAUCCAUGGAGCGCCCUGCUGGAGAGGGUCCGGGCCCCAAGGAGCCCCCGGCUCCCUCCGGCGCCCCGGAGCAGCCCCCCGCUGCCCACCCGAAGCCGGGGCCUGGGAGCCCACCUGCCGGCCCGGGCGCGGCGGCUGAGGUUCUGGCCGUGCUGACCGCGUUCGGGCGGCGCCUGCUGGUGCUGGUGCCCGUGUACCUGGCCGGGGCGGCGGGGCUCAGCGUGGGCUUCGUGCUCUUCGGCCUCGCCCUCUACCUGGGCUGGCGCCGGGUGCGCGACGAGAAGGAACGGAGCCUGCGGGCGGCGCGGCAGCUGCUGGACGACGAGGAGCGGCUCACGGCACAAACGCUGUACCUGAGCCACCGGGAGCUGCCGGCCUGGGUCAGCUUUCCAGACGUGGAGAAGGCUGAAUGGCUGAACAAGAUCGUGGCUCAAGUCUGGCCCUUCCUGGGCCAGUACAUGGAGAAGCUUCUGGCUGGAACUGUCGCCCCAGCUGUCCGGGGCUCGAACCCCCACCUGCAGACGUUCACCUUUACCCGAGUGGAGCUGGGUGAAAAGCCAUUGCGCAUCAUUGGGGUCAAAGUCCACCCUAGUCAGAGAAAGGACCAGAUCCUGCUGGACUUGAACAUCAGCUACGUAGGUGAUGUGCAAAUUGAUGUGGAGGUGAAGAAAUACUUCUGCAAGGCAGGAGUCAAGGGCAUGCAGUUGCAUGGCGUCUUGCGGGUCAUUCUUGAGCCACUCCUGGGAGACAUUCCUAUCGUGGGCGCUGUGUCAAUGUUCUUCAUCCGCCGCCCGACCCUGGACAUCAACUGGACAGGCAUGACCAACCUGCUGGACAUCCCAGGCCUCAGCUCGCUGUCCGACACCAUGAUCAUGGACUCCAUUGCCGCCUUCCUAGUGCUGCCCAACCGACUGUUGGUGCCCCUCGUGCCUGACCUGCAGGACGUGGCCCAGCUGCGCUCCCCUCUGCCCAGGGGCAUUAUUCGGGUUCACCUGCUGGCUGCCCGAGGGCUAAGUUCCAAGGACAAGUAUGUGAAGGGCCUGAUUGAGGGCAAGUCAGACCCCUAUGCAAUCGUGCGUGUGGGUACCCAGGCAUUCUGCAGCCGCGUCAUCGACGAGGACCUCAACCCCCGCUGGGGGGAGACAUACGAGGUAAUGGUGCAUGAGGUCCCUGGGCAGGAGAUCGAGGUGGAGGUGUUUGACAAGGACCCCGACAAAGAUGAUUUCCUGGGCAGGAUGAAGCUGGAUGUGGGGAAGGUGUUACAGGCUGGAGUGCUGGAUGAAUGGUUCCCUCUGCAAGGAGGGCAAGGCCAAGUUCACUUGAGGCUAGAAUGGCUGUCGCUUUUGCCAGAUGCAGAUAAGCUGGAGCAGGUUCUGCAGUGGAAUCGGGGCGUCUCCUCUCGGCCAGAACCCCCAUCAGCUGCCAUCCUCGUCGUCUAUCUGGACCGCGCCCAGGAGCUUCCUCUCAAGAAGGGGAACAAGGAGCCCAACCCUGUGGUGCAGCUGUCCAUCCAGGAUGUGACCCAGGAGAGCAAGGCUGUGUACAACACCAGCUGCCCUGUGUGGGAGGAGGCCUUCCGGUUCUUCCUGCAGGACCCUCGGAGCCAGGAGCUCGAUGUGCAGGUCAAGGACGACUCCAGGGCCCUGACGUUAGGGGCCCUGACCCUGCCCCUGGCUCGCCUGCUGACCGCCCCUGAACUCACACUGGACCAGUGGUUCCAGCUCAGCAGCUCUGGUUCCAACUCCAGACUCUACAUGAAGCUGGCCAUGAGGAUCUUAUACCUGGAUUCAGCAGAAAUCUGUUUCCCCGCUGGGCCAGGCACUCCUGGUACUUGGGACCCUGACAGUGAGAGCCCACAGACGGGCAGCAGCGUGGACGCCCCACCUCGGCCCUACCACACCACUCCUGACAGCAACUUUGGGAUGGAAAAUGUACUUCGGAUCCAUGUGUUAGAGGCCCAGGACCUGAUUGCCAAAGACCGUUUCCUGGGGGGCUUGGUGAAGGGAAAAUCUGAUCCCUACAUCAAACUGAGGCUGGCGGGCCGAACCUUCCGGAGCCGUGUUGUCCGUGAAGACCUCAAUCCCCGCUGGAACGAAAUUUUUGAGGUGAUUGUCACAUCGAUUCCAGGCCAAGAGCUAGAGGUCGAGGUCUUCGACAAGGACUUGGACAAGGAUGACUUUCUGGGCCGGUGUAAAGUGAGCCUUACCGCGGUCCUCAACAGUGGCUUCCUGGAUGAGUGGCUGACCCUGGAGGAGGUCCCUUCCGGCCGCCUGCACUUGCGCCUGGAGCGUCUGACCCUCCAUUCCACUGCUGCUGAGUUAGAGGAGGUGUUGCAGGUGAACAGCUUGAUCCAGACGCAGAAGAGUGGCGAGCUGGCGGCGGCCCUGCUGUCGGUGUACCUGGAGCGGGCGGAGGACCUACCACUCCGAAAAGGGACAAAGCCUCCCAGCUCUUACGCUAUUCUCACUGUGGGAGACAUUUCUCAUAAGACCAAGACUGUGUCGCAGACUCCAGCCCCGGUCUGGGAUGAGACUGCCUCCUUCCUCAUCAGGAAACCACACACCGAGAGCCUGGAGGUGCAGGUCCGCGGAGAAGGGACUGGUGCGCUGGGCUCGCUCUCUCUGCCCCUCUCGGAGCUCCUCGGGGCUGACCGGCUCUGCGUCGACCGCUGGUUCGUGCUUGCCAAUGGACAGGGGCAGGUGCUGCUGAGAGCACAGCUCGGGAUCCUGGUGUCCCAGCAUUCUGGAGUGGAAGCUCACAGCCACAGCCACAGCUCCUCGUCUCUGAGUGAGGAGCCUGAGCUCUUGGCAGGACCCUCUCUUGUCACCUCCUCAGGCCCAGAGCUGCGGCAGCGCCUGACACAUGGAGACAGCCCCACAGAGGUGCCCAUUGGGCCACUGGGCCAGGUGAAGCUGACGGUGUGGUACCACAGCGAGGAGCGCAAGCUGGUCAGCCUGGUACACAGCUGCCGGGCCCUGCGGCAGAAUAGCCGGGAUCUGCCGGACCCCUAUGUGUCACUGUCACUACUGCCAGACAAGAACCGUGCCACCAAGAGAAAAACAUCCCAGAAGAAGAAGACCCUGAACCCAGAAUUCACUGAGCGGUUUGAGUGGGAAGUACCCCUGGAGGAGGCCUUCAGGCGGAAGCUGGAUGUCUCAGUAAAGUCCACCUCCUCCUUCAUGUCAAGAGAGCGAGAGCUGCUGGGGAAGGUGCAAUUGGAUCUGGCGGAGAUGGACCUUACCCAGGGCGCCGCCCAGUGGUAUGACCUGACAGAUGACAAGAGCAACUCCUAGGGUCACUGCUGAGCAGACCGACCUGUUCCUGCCUUGC